AUGACACAAGACAAUGUAUUAAUAUCAUCAAAUCAACAAGAUAAUCUGGAAAAUGAUCAAACAUUACAAUAUUUUACUGCUAUUCGACUUCAAGAACCUGAAACAUCAGUAGCCAUAACAGCUAUUCGUACAUUAAUCGAUGUUAUAAAUCGUUCAUCAGCUGGUACAAUGAGUGAAUUAUCACGUGAACUUAAAUCAGCUGUACAAUUAUUAACAACACAAACUGAUUCUUCAAUGCCAAGUGUUAAAUCAGGUUGUGAAUUAUUUUUACGUUUUAUAACAUUAGCGAAAUUUGAUACAUUUGCUAUUGAUGAAUGUCGUCAAAAAUUAAUUGAACGUGGUCAAGUCUUUUUAGAACGCACAUUAUCAUCAAGACAACGUAUUGCUGAAUAUAGUCAAGAAUUUAUUGUUGAUGGCAGUAUUAUAUUAACACAUUCAUAUUCACGUGUUGUUCUUGCUUUACUUGCAUAUGCAUCAAAAUUUGCACGUUUUAAAGUAUUUGUUACUGAAUCUGAACCAGAUAAAAGUGGUUUAAAAAUGCGAAAUGAAUUAGAAGCUAUUGGUAUACCAUCUCUAUGUAUAUUAGAUGCAAGUGUUGCAUAUGUUAUGGAAAAAAUUACAUUUGUUUUAAUGGGUGCUGAAGCUGUUGUUGAAAGUGGUGGAGUUAUUAAUAAAAUUGGUACAUUUAAUAUAGCUAUAGCAGCACAUGAAAUGAAUAAACCAUUUUAUGCUGCAUCAGAAUCAUUUAAAUUUGUUCGUUAUUAUCCAUUAAAUAAUCGUGAUUUACCUGAUCAUUUUAAAUAUAAAGCGUCGACAAUAGCACGUUUAAGUGAAAAAAAUCUUGAAAUGGAACAUCCACUUGUUGAUUAUACACCACCGGCUUAUAUUACAUUAUUAUUUACUGAUAUUGGAACAUUAACACCAUCAGCAGUUAGUGAUGAAUUAAUUAAACUUUAUAUUUAA